AUGGGCUACGGGGUACUUCAGCCGGGGAGCCCCCGCCAUGCCCUGCUGCCGCCUCACAGAGCGGUGGGAAUCGGGUCAACCUCCCGCCUGCUCCAACACCUCCUCCCGCGGCGGGGGACACUCUGCCAGGGCGUGUGCGGGGCGGCGAGGGGCUUGUCCCGGCCCGAGAGCAGCGAGGGGAUGCCGGCCGUGCCGGGGGCCCUCCCGCAUCCAGGACCUUUUGCGCUGUCCAGAGGCUGUGCAAACUGCAGGCAUGAAGAGCAAUUUGUGAAGACAGUACCAGAAUACCAUGUGGUUCAUCCAGCAAGAGUAGAUGCAAGUGGGCAUUUUCUUUCUUUUAAUUUAUACCAUCGCAUCUCAAGCCCGAGGAAGAAGAGACAUCUUGGAAAAAGUGAAAAUGUGGUAUAUUACAAAAUUAAUCAUGAGGAGAAGGAUCUGUUUUUUAACUUGACUGUCCACAUGGGAUUUCUUUCCCGUAACUAUGUAGUAGAAAGGAGACGUGGCAACCACACCAGAGCGAAGAUUUCGACUCACUCUGGAGUUCCUUGCCACUUCCUUGGCACAGUGUGGCAGCCUGGCUCCGGCAGUGGGACAGCAGCCAUCAGCACUUGCAGUGGCCUGACUGGAUAUUUCCAUCUGCCCCAUGGGGAUUACUUCAUUGAGCCAAUUAAAAAGCAUCCACAGAAGGAGGGAACUCCACAUCCCCAUAUUGUCUAUGGUGCAAAUAACCUUCAAAAUGCUGCAAGGAGAAGACGGGCCAUCCUGAUGGACAAGGAACAAGCAUGUGGACUGAACGAUACCCACAGCUUUUUCAAGCAGCAGGAGCAGCGGAGAGAGAGAUGGGAACAAAAUCACGCGGCUGUCAGAAGGGUUUCCCGGCGCUCAGUCAGCAAGGAGCGAUGGGUGGAGACGCUUGUGGUUGCAGACAGUAAAAUGGUGGAAUAUCAUGGAAGUGACCAUGUGGAGUCAUAUAUCCUCACUAUAAUGAAUAUGGUCACAGGGUUGUUCCACGAUCCAAGCAUUGGCAAUGCAAUCCACAUUGUCCUGGUCCGGCUCAUCCUCUUUGAGGAGGUGGAGCAAGGCUUGAAGAUAGUGCACCAUGCUGAUAAGACAUUAGCCAGCUUCUGCAAGUGGCAGAAGAGUGUCAAUCCCAAGAGUGAUGUCAACCCCACACACCAUGAUGUGGCUGUCCUUCUCACCAGAAAGGACAUUUGUGCUGGCAUGAACCGUCCCUGUGAAACCUUGGGCUUGUCUCACCUGUCAGGCAUGUGUCAGCCUCACAGGAGCUGCAACAUCAAUGAGGACUCUGGCCUUCCCUUGGCUUUCACUAUUGCUCAUGAACUUGGACACAGUUUUGGAAUCCAGCACGAUGGAAAGGAGAAUGACUGUGAGCCUGCUGGAAAGCGCCCGUAUAUUAUGUCCCGGCAGUUGCAGUAUGAUCCUACUCCACUCACCUGGUCACAGUGCAGCAAGGAGUACAUCACACGGUUCCUAGAUCGUGGAUGGGGAUUCUGUCUGGAUGAUAUCCCCCAGAAAGAAGUUCUGAAAUCCCCAAUCAUUGCUCCUGGAGUCAUUUAUGAUGUGCACCACCAAUGCCAGCUUCAGUAUGGUUCCAAUGCUACAUUCUGUGAAGACGUGGAUAACCUUUGCCAGACGCUCUGGUGCUCGGUGAAAGGCUCCUGCCGCUCCAAACUGGAUGCAGCUGCGGACGGCACUAGGUGUGGAGAAAACAAGUGGUGCUUCUCUGGUGAGUGCAUUACAGUAGGGAAGACUCCUGAAGCAAUCCAUGGCGAGUGGGGCGUUUGGUCGUCCUGGUCCCACUGCACCAGGACAUGUGGGGCAGGAGUUCAAAGCGCAGAGAGGCCGUGUGAUAAUCCAGAACCCCAGUUUGGAGGAGACUACUGCACUGGGGAAAGGAAACGCUAUCGCAUGUGCAACAUCAGCCCCUGUCACAAAGACUUGCCCACCUUCCGUCAGAUGCAGUGCAGUGAAUUUGAUACAGUUCCCUACCAGAAUGAAUUCUACCACUGGGUUCCUGUUUAUAACACAGCAAACCCCUGUGAGCUCCACUGUCGCCCAGUAGAUGGCCAUUUCUCAGAGAAGAUGCUGGAUGCAGUCACUGAUGGUACUCCUUGCUUUGAAGGAAGGCACAGCCGAGAUAUCUGUAUUAAUGGCAUGUGUAAGGCUGUUGGCUGUGAUUAUGAGAUAAAUUCCAACGCAACAGAAGACCAGUGUGGAGUUUGCCUGGGAGAUGGCUCUGCUUGUCGUACAGUGAAGAUGAUGUUUAAUCAAAGUGAAGGAUUUGGAUAUGUUGAUAUUGGGCUAAUUCCAAAAGGUGCAAGGGGGAUCAAAGUCAUGGAAGUUACAGAAUCAGGAAAUUUCCUUGCUGUGCGAAGCAAAGACCCAGGAAAAUACUACCUGAAUGGAGGCUUUAUCAUCCAGUGGAAUGGUGAAUACAAAGUGGCAGGCACAAUAUUUCAGUAUGACAGAACAGGGGAUCUGGAAAACCUGACUGCUCCAGGACCCACCAAUGAAUCAAUAUGGAUUCAGCUACUUUUUCAAGAAACUAAUCCUGGAAUCGAGUAUGAAUACACUGUACGUAAAGAAGAAAGUGCUGAGAAUGAGAUUGGAGAGCCAGAGUUCUUUUGGCAAUAUGGAGAGUGGACAGCCUGCAGUGUUACCUGUGGAAGAGGGGUGCAGAGGCAGAUCGCCCACUGCGAGUGGAGGGGCAGCGGAGCCACCAGGAACUCCUUCUGUGACCCGGCCACGCAGCCCCAGGGGCGGCAGAAGAAGUGCCACGAGCGGGACUGCCCGCCCAGGUGGUGGGCAGGGGAAUGGCAGAAAUGUUCAACCACAUGUGGCCCAACAGGCCAGAAGAAGAGAACUGUGCUUUGCAUCCAGACAGUGGGAUCUGAUGAGCAGGCACUGGAUGUCACAGAGUGCCAGCACCUGCUUAAACCAAAGACCUAUCUGUCAUGCAACAGAGAUAUCUUGUGCCCAUCUGACUGGACAGUGAGCAACUGGACUGAGUGCACAGUCACUUGUGGUGGUGGAAUCAGGACUCGUAAUGUCACUUGUGCCAAAAAUAAUGAUGAGCCAUGUGACAGCUCUAAGAGACCAAACUCUAAGGCCCUGUGUGGUCUUCAGCAAUGCCCUUCUGCUGGAAGAUUUCUGAUGCCCCCACAGGCACCCAGAAGAGGCAAGAUCAUAAUCAGAAAAACAGCUGCUGAUCCUGAACGGAAUCUUCCUCGCAGAAUACCCAGGCCAAACCCCAGGUUCCAUACAACAACAAAAAUACCCAAGCAUGGAAGCGUAACUCCCUGUCUGCCUACAUCCUCUGGUUUGGUAAAUGUCUCAGGAAAAGAGGGAGCAGCCAACAGGACAUUGCAAAAUAAUUUUGCUGAAUCAAGUGAUGUUUACAAACACCCAGUUGUUUCUACUAGAAAUAGCUCAUAUCAAAAUAAUACUUCAUGGCCUUUUCAUAACAACUUAAGUACUGAAAUUAUAAGCCAUGCUGAAAACACUUCUAAAAGUGAACCAGUUUCUACUGCAGAGACAGAAAUGCAAAGAAGUGACGACGCUCCUGUUUCCUUUUUUACCAGUAAUCCAGAAAUAACUUCCAGCUAUGAUUACUUAACUGAGGAAUCUUACAACACUGAUGGGCCACUUGGAGUCAGCCAGAAAACAGCUGAUCUCUUUUACAGCACAGAACUCAAUCUUGAAAUCAGGACCAGAAGCACAACCUUGGACACUGCCUCUCCUGUCACUCAGAGUGAGACUGUGACUUCUCAGUCCCCACCAGCAUCUCACCACAGAGACCCUUCUGUGCUCAAUCCUGUUAGCAGAGCAGCACAAGGGCUGGCAUUUCCAACAGCAGCAAACCCUGUCAGUCUGCAGGUUGAUGUGCCUGUUGUAGAGGUAACUACCCCACAAGCACUGGUUACAGAAAUGCCCACAGGGCUUGGUGGUGCACCGAGAGAUCAGACUGACAGCAGAGAAGAAAUAAAGCUGCCUGACACCAUAGCUACCAGCACACAAUCCUCAGCUCUCAAGCAUGCUCUGAACAACCAAAGUGCAGCAUCUGAGGGUGUUUUAAUGAAUGUCACAGACAACAGCCACGUAAUAACAUCCAACAGUUUGCCAAGUGAUGUCUACUGGAUAGUAGGCAACUGGAGUGAGUGCUCUACCACCUGUGGAAUGGGGGUUUUCUGGAGACAUGUGGAGUGCAGCAGCAGGGACACAUCUCACUGUCAGGACAUGAAAAAGCCUGAUGCUGCAAAGAGAUGUUAUCUCCGUCCAUGUGCUAGCUGGAAAACAGGAAAUUGGAGCAAGUGCUCUGUGAACUGCAGCGGAGGCUUCAAGACCCGAGAUGUUCACUGCAUCGAUGUUCGGGAAAAGCGGCUGCUCAGGCCUUUCCAUUGCCAGUUACUCAGCUACAAACCACAGUUCAACACUAGCUGUAACACAGAGCCUUGCUUGCAAUGGCACGUGGAGCCCUGGAGUGAGUGUCCUGUUUCUUGUGGAGGGGGCAUUCAACAAAGAACUGUGAAAUGCAUGAAUACAGAAACUAAUGAAACUGAAGAUGACAGUAUGUGCAUGGAAAAAGCCAAGCCCACAAAAUAUCAGAAAUGCAAUCUGCAAGAGUGCAGGAAAAAUACAGGGCUGCCCUGCAGCAAAGACCAGCUGUCAGUUCACUUCUGCCAGAGGCUCAAAGUCAUUGGCAAGUGCUUGCUGCCAUCAAUACAGACUCAGUGCUGCUUCACAUGUAGCCAGCCCCGAAUUCGGAACAAAGCAAGACAUGGGGAUCAGCAAGGCUUCAAACAACAAAAUUACACUAAAUCUAGAAGAAAACCGCCUCAAAACCAAGAAAACAACAACCAAGCAGCUUGGCACUAGCUGCUUCUUUUUUGUUUCCUUAAAUAGGGCUUCUGUUUACAGCUUUUAUGUUCCUUAUUUUUUUCUGAACCAUCCAGCAUAAAUGGAAAUCUGAGAUGAAAACUGGGAAAACGCAUCACCUAGGGUUAUAAGUCAUAAUUUACUGCUUCAGUUUUUUAUCUCUAAUAGUCCAAAAUUUGUAACUUAAUUUUCAAUGUACCAACAGCUAGUACUUCUUAGGCAUGUGUAGGCACUAGAAACAGGCUUGCAAGAAUUUUCUGAUUUUUUGUAAUGAAUGUUUAACUUGUUCUUCCAUCUCUUUUCCAAAAUCCACUUGAAACACCAGCACUGCUUACUCAAGGGUGUUUAGUGAAAGUGGCCCUUGAGGCAAUAGACACAUACCUGUGCCAUGGGCCAGUUCUCUUUAUGCUCACUUGCCUUUAUUUUUUAGGAAUCAAGGUGAAGUGGCAGUGUUUAUCUAAAUUCAUUGCUCACUUCAUAAAUUUAAAAGCAGAGUUUUGUAAUACCUGCUUAUGAUGGGUGGGAUGAAUUGAAACAUUGUUUUUUUCAGGAGAAAAAAAAUCUUUGCUUAGUACUUGACUGAACCUCUGAAGGAUACCUCAGCUGUAACCUGUUCUUGACAGUUUUCUUCUGCUACAAAUGUCUUGCGGUAACCUGGAAACCCAUAACAUAUGGGCUGUUAAGUUCCCAAAUAUGUUUAAAACAUUUCUUGAUACCACAAAAUCCAAGCUGUUCGCAUCUGUCACCUUAAUAGUCAUAGAACCAUUUAGGUUGAAAAAGACCUUUAAGAUCAAGAAGUCCAACCUCUAAACCAUACCCCUAAGUGCCAUAUCUAAGUGUCUUUUUUACACAUUUAGGGGAGAAACUAGCGGUAUCUUUUAGACAGUUUUAUACUUUCCGUCUGAUAGAAUAAUUUCAGCAUAAAGAAAAAUCUGGUUUUGCAAAUCUUUUGCUAGACAGGCAAUAACAUUCUUAAGUAUCAUCUGUAGUUCCUCUCAACUAAAAAUUAACUAUCCAAGGCCAUUUGAAAUUAGAAAAGGCAACCAAAUCAAAACUAUGGCCAGUCUCUAUAGCUGCAGGCAUUCAGACACAAAUUAUACAUGUCAGCAGGACAUAAAAAGCUGUCAGGAAGCUGAGGGAGCAUACAGGUUGUACCAGCUUGUUCUGCAGCAGAAAUUUAACCUCAGCACUUACCCUUUGGGAAGAAUGGUGCUCUCUCUCUCUUGACUUCUCACUUCCACCAGUUUUAUGUUAGUGGUCAGCUCCAUUUAAUUCAAGAAUGUUACUGCUGCUGAACAGAGGAACCAGGAACCUUCAGUGUCAUGGUUUCCACUCUUUACAGCACAAGAAGUAAAGGAGUCACAUAGUGAGAAAGCAAAAGACUUCUAAGCUGAUGUAGGCAAGGACAAUUGGAAGUUGAGUCUUUUGCAUUUAAAAACUGAAAUAUUUCUGUUCUUUGACAAAUAAAAAAGGAAGGAAGAAGCAAUGACCUGGCCUAGCUAAACAGCUCUGCUAAUUUCAUGUUAGCUUAUAUGAUAGAAUUCAACUUUACAGACUUAAACCUUUCCUGCAGCUUCCAAAUGUGGCAUGCAGGCAUUUCAGCUGGAAACUUGCCAUAUGCGUUUUGAAAUCAAUUUUACACCAUCAGCAUAAAGGCCAACUAGCGACUGGAAACUCUGUAAUUCACACAGAUAUUGAGUGAUAGAGCUAUCCUUUCAUCCAGUAUCUCCCAGCAGGGCAUAAGCCCACAUUCACAAGAGCACUCUACCACCUCUCUCGCAGCAGACUUCUUCCCCAGUGUAAAUCCAUAAUCACAGUGGAACUGAGGGCUCCUGGGGCAGGAGUCUGAGGCCCAGUAGUGUCUGCAUAGCUCAAGCCUCAGGCAUGAGGGCAUCUCUAGCCAAAUAGCAUAUCUGUUUUUAGCUAUGCUUCACAUAGAUAUUGAAAAAACUGCGAAAACAAACUUCAGGGAACCGAGACUGGACCCUUUGAACAAAACUGGGCAUUUUGAAAAGAGCUGGACAAGAGCAGACAUUUAGAUUCCGUUGGAAUUCAGUAGGAUUUGGACACCUUGGUUCUUCUGGCUUUUUUGAAAAUCUCAGAUCUGCUUACCUUACAAUUUCAGAUUGCAGGGAAAUGCACAUUUUAUGCAGUAUAUGGUGAGACACGUGGUCAUGAAUCCAAGUGUCACUGUGGUUACAGAACUAUGACUAGCAGUAACUCUUUUUCUAGACAGACCUUUAUGAAAGUUAGGUAUUUCAGCCUGGGUAUAACAUGUUAACCUAAUGCUGGCCACAAGUCAGACUGUCAGUUUUCAAUGUCAAAGGUUUGUGUCCUUUGGCUAAAGACUUACUUCUUCACUUGAAGUCUCUGGGAGUUCAAAAUAUGCAGCAUGGCAAGGUUAGAUUUAUUAACCUCUGUGGUGCCAAUAUAACCCCAGUUUUCGGUGCUGAUAGAACAAAAUCCACUGUUAAGAAUGUGGUGCUAGGUUAACAGACAUGGGGAUGACUUGCAAUGGUGCAUGUGCAUGCAUGCACACACUGUUACAAUAACGUGUCUGUGGUGUUGCUGGCCAACGCCAGACAUGAUGCUUUUUAAGUUUCACAGUUUGCUUCUCUCCUUCUGGGGGCCCUUGAGCAAUAGAAAUCUGGGCGGUUCUUACUCCUCUGGACACUGAAGUACUGAAUCCUGUGCAGGAGCAGAGGUGUCCUGCCUGAUUUUGGAAGGAUUUGGGCAGGGCUUGGGCUCAGGCUGCGUGGUGUAGAGCACAAAACAGCCAAACAACCUGGACUGGUGGUGCUCCUCACAUUCCCAGAAGCAUUCUGUAGGAUUUGGGCGGGACAAAGUUCAGUGCAUAGGGGUACCUGCACAACAUUUUAUCCACAGAGGCCAGCAGAAGGAGGCCACAGGUAUGUGAGCGAAUGAGAAAGGAGCUGACUGAGUGGAUAUGGUGCAGGUUGGAGGAAGAUGCCUGCAGGAGUUGUCCUUUCCAGUGCUCCUUAGGGCUAGUAUGGAGUUAAACCAUUUCUGCCUUCGUUGUUUUCUUCAGGGAGCUGUUAUUUCAUUAGAAAUUAAUAAAAAGUGAAUAAAUUAUAUUACGGACAUUAGCCAGAAUAAUCUUUUUACCCAGGGAAACGCAGUCAUUACUGUUUCUCACCUUAAAACUUUAGGGAAAAUACUGUGACAGCAUGAACCGUUUCAACAGAGCAGUGCCACUGCUAUUAUGACAACUGUUCUUAAGUAAAGGUGGAUUUAGCAUGUGAACCAGAUGGUCAUUAGUCUCAAAACUGAAUUGAAUACUAAGUGCAGAGGUGUGUUAUCAGUGUAUUAUCAUAUUAGCCCGAGACACAUCAGCUUCAACAGAUUGCUCAGGAAAAAAUUUGUAUUUGCCACAUUCGCAGCUUGUUCUAACAUUUCAAGAUUUAAAAAGCAAACUAUGAUGACAUAUUUGU